GGAGACGUGCACGGGGUACAACUUCAACGGCGCCUGUUUGAUUUUCGUGAGACAGAUCCCGACCAAGGGCAUGGGACAGGAGCAGCCCGAUGCAAGUUGGGGCGAUAACGAACUCUGGACUAACCUGCAGCUCCCGACCGACCAGCAAGUAUCCUGCGCAAAAGUAUCGUACUCGUAUUGCAAUCAUGCAUUUACAAAUCCUUCUGUUAAGGUAAAUCGGCAUUACAAAUUUUAUUUGUCAUGCUGAGGAAAUUUGUAAUGCGAGUACGAUACUUUUGCAGUUCAUAGCAACUCGUCUUAGACGAUGUCCACUCCUGGGCGAUGGGCAGGGUGGCAGACUGCAUGCGGAAGGACACAACGGUAUCACCCGGCGACGAACUAUCUCAGUGCAAACCAGCCCUGGCGGAUACCAACCCCGUGCCGAAUGGCGACAGCGCGACGGCAAGGCGGAAGUGGGGCGGCGUGCCGAUUGGGUGUUCACUGGAAACGGAGAACUUCGGGUACAUGUACACGCGGAUUGAAAUAUCGUAAGGAAAAAUCCCCCCUCCCCAUAUCGAAAAGGAACGCCUCAGAAAAUUUGUGAUGCUGAUUUGUGGCCACAAAUGGUGUUUGUCUUGCAGGAAAGCAACGACGUGCACUCCGCCCCAUUAUGCAGGCGGUUUGUAAUGCUGUUGGUCCUACAGCAUAGACGUUCCUCAUGCUAAGUGCCUAGGCCUAAACCUCUCCACAUUGGCACGAUGUGUGCCUGCAGUCCCCUACUGCAAGACAAAUCUGAUUUGUGUACGCAAAUCCAGCAUCAGAAAUUUCCUUUUGAUAUGGGGUGGGGGCUUUUUUCACUUUGAUACGAAAACACCGAGUCCAAUUUCAUCAAAGACAUUAACCCUGACCAAGCCGGGGAUCAACCCUACUACGACGCGGCAGACAACACCUGUGUUUCCUCCCAUUUCCAGCCCGUCUGCAAAAAGAAGAGCCUGGACGGCACGAACUACGGGUGGCGGUCGAAGACACGGGAGAUCACGCGUAUGAAUGAGCACAACGGACAGGCCUGCGACACCCACCACGCCGUGCAGGAAUGUGAUGCGGAUGCCAAGAUCUGCACCCGAAGGGAC